AAUGCGCAAACUCUUACGGAACGUAACUCGGACAAAUCGUGUAUUGCAAUUGAUUUUGUUGUGGCUCUUAUUAGCUGUAUUUUAAACAUCGAAUAUUUUAUAUAUUCCAGCGAAUAUUUUGUAUAAUGCGCAAGAUGGAUCAUUUAAUAAAGAUGCUUUCGCUGCUGAUACUCGCCUAUGCAACUUCAGUGCUGUGUUUAUGUAACGAAAAUCAGGUUUGUGUCACGGAACAACGCUGCAGUGAGUCAGAUGAUUCCGGUGCUGGAAUACUCGCACCACGGAGUCUAACACGCGCGUGCGGCACAUCCCUCGUCUGCUGCGACAACGAGCAGCUGGAGAGCUACGCCCGAAGCCAGGCGAGUGGCAAAAAGUUUACAUCAACAAGACAAUCAACCAAUGUGGUGAGUCAGAGCUCGGAGAAGCCGUUCGAUUUGAGCUCCUUACUGGAUUACAAAAGCUGUGACCAGGAUAGUCUGUGCGUACCCCGACAUCUGUGUAAAACUGGCGAAGUUAAUACAGAUGGUCGGUUUAUAAUUCAGCCCAAAAUAAAUAAUGCCAGCAACUCUGGCUGUGGAGUUUUCGAGAUUUGCUGCCCCUCGAAUGAGAGGCUGGUGGAGAGCGAGAGUUCCGUGCGACUCAAUGUGAAGGACUUCAAGUACAAGGGAUGUGGCAACAGCAAUCCCGGCGGACUCUACUACGCUUUGGUGGGCUAUAACGAUUAUGAGUCCCUCUUUGCCGAGUUCCCCUGGAUGGUUGCCCUGAUGGACAUGCAGACGAAUUAUGUUUGCGGCGGUACAUUGAUACAUCCCCGUCUGGUGCUGACCAGUGCCCACAAUGUGGCAAACCACAGCUCGGACACACUGCUAGCCCGUGCCGGUGAAUAUGAUUUGAGGAGCGACGGCGAGCCGCUUCCCUUUCAGACGCGCCGCUUGCGCGGUUUGUUUCGCCACGAGCGCUUUAACAAUUUGAAUUUUCAUAAUGACAUCGCACUGCUGGUGCUGGAGCAACCGUUUGACCUGGCACCACAUAUCCAACCGCUUUGUCUGCCGCCAACGGACAGCUCACAGCUGCAGGCACAGUUGCGCAGAGCUCAGUGCUUUGCCAUCGGAUGGGGUAAACGCAAUAUCAGCGAAAAUUUCACGGUACAGAUACUUAAACGCAUUGAUCUGCCUAUCCUGGAGCAUGGGCAAUGCCAGCAGCUGCUCCGCGAAACCAUUCUUGGAAGACGUUACAAGUUGGACGACAGCUUCAUUUGUGCCGGUGGCAUGGAGGGCAAGGACACGUGUAAGGGCGAUGGCGGAUCACCUUUAUUCUGCACCAUGGAGGGGCAACGGGAUCGCUAUCAGCUGGCAGGCAUUGUCUCCUGGGGCAUUGAGUGUACAAGGAAGGACAUUCCGGCCGCAUACACGAAUGUGCCAUACUUAAGAAACUGGAUUGAGGAGAAGGCCUGGAAAGAGGCCACCAUUGUGUUCAACUAAGACGGGCAGUAGCAGUGAAAUAACUUUUAUUAUUUGAUGGGACAAAAACUUGUGUUAGUAUUUUCAAGAAUUCAUUCAUUCACAUAAACUUAAUAAAAAAAUAUUCAAGAA